UAAAACACUUAAACGUUCGUCGAGCACCCAGUGCCACAGAUCAUAUCCACCAGUCUGAGAGUUUUGUGAAAAAGAAAACCAAAAAGCUUGAUAACCAGCCAGUCUAGCUAACGUCUAAUAAAGUUGUUAUUGAAUUUAGCGAUUUACAAGAUCUAUAAAUAAGCUUCCAAGUAACCUUGUAAUCAUGGGAUUGACGCGCGUGCUGGUGAAGGAUGGUGGUUUUGGCACCCAAAUGACCGUCCAUGUGGGUAACUCAGUGGAUGGAGAUCCACUUUGGAGUGCCCGAUUCAAUGCCACUAAUCCGGCGGCCAUCAUUAGCACCCAUUUAGAUUUUCUGCAGAAUGGUGCCGAUAUCAUUUUAACCAACACCUAUCAGUCAAGUGUCGAGGGUUACAUGGAAUACAUGGAGUUGGAUGAGGAACAGAGCAUCGAGCUGAUAAGGAACACGGUCCGUUUGGCACACAUUGCCAAGGAGCGCUAUCUUACUGAGUGCUAUCAGGCCCAGCUGUCGGUUCCGGAAGGUUACCCACUGAUCAUAGCAUCCAUUGGACCUUAUGGAGCCCACUUGCACGAUGGCUCCGAGUACACCGGUAGUUAUGCUGACUACGUGCCCGCCAAGGAGAUUACGGAUUGGCAUCGCGUCAGGAUCGAGGCCUGUUUGGAAGCUGGCGUAGAUGCACUGGCCAUCGAGACGAUUCCCUGCCUAAUGGAGGCAGAGGCGCUUGUGGAGAUGCUGUGCGAUGAUUAUCCGGACGUAAAGUUUUGGGUGGCCUUCCAGUGCAAGGAUGAGAAUACUUUGGCACAUGGCGAGACUUUUGCGGAUGCGGCAAAUGCGAUUUGGGAUUUGUUGGCGGAGAGAAAUGCCCAGGAUAAAUGCUUGGCCAUCGGGGUAAAUUGUGUGCAUCCCAAGUUUGUGACUCCGUUGUUCAAGAGUUUGAAUGGAGAUCGCGAUGCCGAUGACAUGAUUCCCCUAGUUGUCUAUCCCAAUAGCGGGGAAGUUUACGAUGUGGUCAAUGGCUGGCAGGGAAGGGAGCACUGUGUCCCACUUGCAAAUUACGUACCCGAGUGGGCGCAGCUGGGGGCAAAGGUAAUUGGAGGAUGCUGUCGAACCUAUGCGAGAGAUAUUCGACAUAUCGGAGAGGCAAUUCGCAGCUGGAACAAGCUGAAGAAGCUCUCCUAAAGGGAAACUCUUCAAAUGGGGGGUUUUUGUAAAUCUGAACAGAACAAAAUGCAUUUCAAAUUAGACUUGUAAAUAUACCUAAUAAGUUAGUAAGGCUAAAAAUUAGUAUAAAUAAAGAAAAGACAGACAAA